AUGGAUUCGGAAGCAGCAUCGUCUUCUUUUUUCACAAGCGAACAAAUCCUGCAAAUGCUCAGUGAACUGCCUGCUGCGGGAUUUAUGAAGCCGGCGGUGCCACCUUCACCUGUUCUACCGCCAUUCAAGAAGCUGGGAGUUCUCGUUGACGCGGAUGACAUUAUCGACGCAAAGGAAGCUACUGGCAACAGCAGCAGCAACAACAACAACUACAUAAACAGCACACAAUCCUAUCUAUGUGCCGAGUGCCGACGGACACUGCCUACCGCCCACCUGUUGGAUCUCCACAUCACCGAGCAGCACGAUUUCUACUUUGCUGCCAGCGUGGAACGCGGCGAUAAGCCCAUGUUCGCCUGCUACCUGGAGGAGUGCGGCACCAAAUUCCACACGCCGCGACAGCGCAAGGACCACUGCAUCACGACGCACAAGUUUCCGGCCAACUAUCGAUUCGACCAGGACCACGGCAAGACCAAGCCCAAGGGCAGUGGCAGUGGCAAGAAGAGCGACGCCUCCAUGGAGGUGGACGAGGUGCCGGAAGCGCGAAAGACUGUGCCAUACAUCAAAGCCUUCUGUUUCGGCCACCACACGAUGCGUACGUUCAACACGCGAAAGGAGAGGCAGUCCGGCGACACCCUGGAGGACGUGCAGGACAUGAAGGACGCCAUCGACGACAUCCUGGAUUAGAUUUACAUAACUAUUUAUUUUGCGAAUGAAGCAGCAUUAUAAGAUAAAAGUAUAGGUAAUUUCCGUGAACAUGAUCGAUCAUUUCGCCUUUGGGCUAGACCUGAAAAUAAAAUUGAAUUUAUUGUUGA